AUGAAUGACACCGACCACUGGAUCUGGGAGUAUGAGUGCGAUACUUGCACAGCCCGCUUCGACUCCCAAUGGUCAGUCGACGAGCACAUGGAGGAAGAGGACCACUGGAGCUACCCCUACGAUUGCGAGACCUGCACCUACGCCUUCCGCACCGCCUUCGACCGCGAUGAACACCAAGAAGACGAGGGCCACUACAAGCAUCUCCACUGCAGGGAUUGCGACAGGUACUUCCCGAGCCAGAACAACCUGCAGCAGCACCUCAACUCGCGCGUCCACCGCGGCGCCAACGUCAUCUGCCCCUUCUGCAAUGCCGCCUUCACCACCGCCUCCGGUGUCUCCAGCCACCUGGAAUCCUCGUCCUGUCCCAAAGCCCGCAAUCUGGACCGCGCCACCAUCCACCGCGCUCUCCGCCAGCGCGACCCCGACGGCUUCAUCACCGAGCGCCUACUCGAGUGGACCGAGACGGACCACAACGCCCAGUGGGAUCCCAGCUCCGCCUGGAAUGGAGAUGGCUACGAGUGCUACAUCUGCCACAGGGAGUUUGGCAGUGCCCAAGGUCUGCGCCAGCACGUCUUCAGCCCCGCUCACCAAGCGCCGCUCUACCACUGCCCCAACAAGCGCGGCACCUGCGGCGGCAGGAAGUUCCCCACCUUGGCUGCCUUGUUCAACCACCUUGAGAGCCAGACUUGCAACUACAUCCGCUUCGACGGCGUGCAGAAGAGCGUCAACAACUUCCUUACGGCUGGAAGCCGCAGGGCAAUUACCUUCUCCUCAUCAUGA